GUUGUAUGCAGCGUGACCUGACUGAUUCAACAGUCCCGAGGAAUGCGGGUGUGGGAUUAGGGAAUUCUCUUCUUGCCUGCAAAAGUGUACUGCAGGGAAUUGUGAAACUUCAGGAUUCUGAUGCAUUGGAUAUGUCAACUUCAUACCGGUCCUUUAGUUCUAAACUAAAUGUAUGCUGGGGUUGGAUCUUUGUUGUACUUGGCUCUGUCUCCUUUUUGGGUUUCUUUUAUGCUGCUAUCUUAUCCAAGCUCCUUCCACCAUCUGGAAAUCAGAUCAUGUCAGCCAUUCAAAAUGACAGGUACUACUGCUUAUUGGUACCCUUGACACUCCCUGUGCUCGUAGUUGCUGUUUAUUUCCAUUGGCUUAGUAUGAAACUCUUCAAGCAUGCUUGAUUUUUCAAUUUUCAUCAGUGCAAGCUGCUGCACAUUUAUUGGAGUACAUGGCAUUGUAUGGUAGAAGCAACAAGUCGCAAGCAAAAUCUGCUGAGAAACAGUGCCUUAUUGUUUCAGCGCAAGCUGCUGCACAUUUAUUGGAGUACAUGGCGUUGAACUGUUGAAGCAACCAAUCACAGUCAGCAGGUUCACCUGUUGUGUUGGAUGAACUGCAUCCCAGUAGAUAUGUGUAGACCUAUCCGAGCAAGGUGGUACAUCUUUAAGGCAUUGGAAAGUUGCAUUGCUUGCGAUACAGCAUGGGUUUCCAUUUGUGAACCCUGCAGCAGUAGAUUUCAAUUGGCUACAGAUAGCAAGAUGGAGAUCAACUGAUUGAGUUUGAUAUGAGAAUGAUUUUCUUUAAGUGAAUUAAUGGUGAUAUCUCACCGUAUUUAGACGGAUUUUGGCCUACCACAAGGCUUGAUGCAUAAAUGUCUCCCUGGACAAAGGUUGAGCCCUUAAGACUGGUGCUCAACUCUUGUAUCAUACUGGGAAAGCCCUCAUCGUAAAGGUAUACCAACUGGUUUACACGCUCUGCACAUCCACUUGUAAUAUUUUCUCUAAUUGUUAUGCCCGGUGUACACCCAAUUGGGGCGAGGUUGAAUACCAAAAAUUUCCUUGCUCCCAGAUUGUAAAGGUCCUACCAUUGUAUAACCAGAAUUGAGAUUAAAUCUUAACAGAAAAGGCUUAAUCAGUAAAAGGGUCAGCGUGUUCUGUUACCUGCAAAUGUUGUUUGAGUUCUUUCAAGAGAAUGCUAGCAAAUUGUUCAGGGCUGUAUAGAUGACUACUGCUGUAUUGUGCUGGUAGAAGAUAGUUGUUGAUAUAGUCAUUGCUGCCUAUGUCUAUGAUGAAAAUGGACUUGGAUAAGUACUGCUAGAGCUCAUCUUUGGUUUCGAAGUUCCUUGGUAAGUAAAUGUUAACAUUUUCUCAGAACAAGUCAAUUUGUACCUGUAGGGUUAAAUUCAUCCCCUGCAUAACAAACCCAUUGCAUAAGAAAUUCCAAGAAGCUCCUUAGAACAAAAAUUAUCAAGUCUUACUAAACAUUCAAAUAUUCUAAAUGGAGAUCUC